GCUCUUCCAGCAAAUGCAGUUGCAGUUUUUGUGUACUGCAGCUCGGUGACAGUGUUCUUCACGGUGAUAAAGGUGAUCAGUUACCGUCUGCACCUUAUGUUUGAUAAAGGCGAAGUAAUUCAACAAAAGAUCUCAAGAAAAAAUGGAAGGCAAUGUAAAGAUACAGAGCUCCCAAAAGGAAACACAGUUCAGCCCUCAAACUGUAGCAAUAACACCAGGGAUAAUGGUGUCAUCAGUGAAACCAACCAAAAUGACUCUACCCAAACAAUUCACGACAGUUCAAGGGUACAGGCUGUGCACUCGCAGAACUCGCCUGGAGCAAUGGAGCUGUCAACACGGGAAACUAUUGAAGAUCUCAGAGGUGUUAUGGUAUUAGAAGACCAGGCUGCACCGCCAGUUUCAUCUACCUCACCCUGUAUCAAAACAGAUACAUUACCUGUUUCUACAGCCUCUGCUUCAGGUGCCACCACAUCAGCAAUAGUGACAAAACCAGCUGCUAUGGAAACACUUUCUGGUAAUGGAAUCAAUGAGGAAGGAGGGAACGGACAGCCAUAUGGACAGCAUGGACCCCAAGAUAUUCUUGUGGGCAGAGAUGUAGCUAAAAACUUCUCCAAUAUGUCUUCAUCACAAGGUGAUAUUUUAAGGACUGGAGUCUCUUCAGAGCCAUGGGACAGCGAAAAUUCAGUUAUUUCAGACCAUUUGAGUAAUUCUAAAAGUUACAAAAGAGGGAAAUCACCAGAUAGAUCACCACAGGCAGGUUUUACCAGUAACUGCCCACAGUGCAAUGCCAUUGCAACCAAAGAUCCGGAGCAUCUGGAAAGUUCUUGCAGUGCUGGUAGUACCCAUGAGGACAUUGAUUACUCAGACAGUGAGACUGCUGUUGAAGUUGUGGACAACUCUCUUCCUGGAGAUCAGCUGUGUGAGCCCAUUAAAAUUGUCAUCACAAUGAGUACUACACCAACCACCACCCUCAGUGACCUAGCAGGCUCUGUCCACCUAAAGGCUCUGGGAACUGAGAGAACAAGCUCAGGCCUCGAGUCUGGUAUAGUUACAGCAGGUUGGCCAAGUCAGCAAACUAAUGAACAGCUCAGAAUCCCCGUUAUCACUUUUGACCUGUCUGAUGACAGUAAAGGUAAGGCUUGCCCAGAAGUUAGUGAAAGUGAAAGAACUCCAGAAAUGUUAAAGGCAGAGCUGUCAUCCAACCAGUGCUCUGGCUAUGAAUCGGGUGAUGCAAUAAAGGAACACAGCAAACCAGGAAAUACUCCUUUAGAAACUAACACUUGUUCAGAUCCAAAUCGGGAGAAUGCUUCUGAAAAUAUCCAGACUGUAGAUUUAACUUCUAAGGAAGACCUGCACAACCUAGACCCACAGUCCUGUAGAACUGCUUAUGAAAAGAGGCACAUGCGGGUGUUGAGCGUAGACAGCGGGACCGAUGUGCUUUUAAGUAAGAAUUUCAUGGAGGUAUCUGACAAAGAAAAGACCUUACCAACUUCUAAAUCAGAUCUAGAAGCUAAAGAGGGACAGGUGCCCAAUGAAUCCAACUUCCUAGAGUUUGUCUCCCUCCUGGAAUCCAUUAAUACCUCAAAGAUGAAGGCAUCUAAUCAAUCCACUGUCAAAAUGGAGACAACAAAGGAAAAUGGGCUUGUUGGAGAUAGCCAGAUGACGGAGAGAAAAGAAGAAAUGGUGGGAACAGAAAAGCACUGUGAGCAACUUCCUAAACAGGAAAGAUCAGAUGUACAAAGCCAAGAUCGUGCUAGUACUAGUCCGGUGCUACCUGAGUCUGCCAAAUUUGCAGCACUUUACCAGGGCAACAGGCAAAGGCAGAUAAUCUACCGGGUAACUUCUCAGCAAGACAGUUCUGUCUUGCAAGUAAUAAGUGGACCUGAGGUGUCUGUGCAAGAUGAGCUAUCCGUGGAUGCAAUGCACGUGUUCAUAGAUGAAAAUGGGGAAAUUAGAUCCUGUUAUUUAAAGGCUGGCUGUCAGAAGGAAGGAAAUUUUCGACAUCAGCUAUCAAAUUGUGAUUGUAUUUCAAAUGCUCAUGAAAUACAGUUCAGCUCCUCUAGUACUACCACUUCAGAGAGCCAAGAACCGUCUUCUGGGGAUCAAGCAGCGAGCGCGCUUCAGCAGCAGCUCCUACUGAUGGUGGCACGAAGGACCCUUUCAGAAAGCCCACGGCAACCCAGCCAGGACCCUGAGGAUUCUUCAUGUUCUUCAGCACAGCGGAAACUGAACAGGCAGUUUUACAGAUUCAUUAUAUUUCCUGGCAAAUGGAUUAAAGUCUGGUACGAUCGUCUUACCUUGUUGGCAUUGCUGGACAGGACAGAAGAUAUAAAGGAGAAUGUGUUUGCUGUCCUUCUAGUAGUUCUUGUUUCACUUCUUGGAUUCCUGACUCUGAAUCAAGGUUUCUGUAAAGACAUUUGGGUUCUCUUGUUCUGUCUUGUGAUGGCCAGCUGCCAGUAUUCUCUCCUAAAGAGCGUUCAGCCUGAUCCUGCUUCACCAAUACAUGGGCACAAUAAAAUCAUAAUCUACAGCAGACCUGUGUAUUUCUGUAUAUUGUGUGGCCUUAUUUUGCUGCUAGAUGCUGGAUCAAAAGACACAAAUCCUCCAGUUUAUACCAUGUAUGGCUUGAAGCUCUUUUCGCCUAGAUCUCUCCAGUCAGCCAGAGACCAUGUAAUAGUGUUUUUAUAUUGCUUUCCUGCAAUUUCCCUUCUUGGUCUUUUCCCUCAAAUCAACACCUUCUGUAUAUAUCUUUUGGAGCAAAUAGACAUGUUACUUUUUGGCGGUUCUGCUGCUGCUGGGUUCAUAUCUGCACUGUACAGCGUUUCCCGAAGCUUUGUUGUUCUGAUUGUCCUAUAUGCUUUCUGCUUCAGUGCAGUGAAGGAACCCUGGGAUGCACAACACAUUCCAGCGCUGUUCUCUGCUUUCUGUGGUCUGCUAGUUGCACUUUCUUAUCACCUCAGCAGACAAAGCAGUGACCCGUCUGUACUGAUGUCCCUUAUACAAUGCAGAUAUGUCCCUCACUUUCUACGACAACAAUUUGAAGAUUCAUCAGCAGAUCCACUCCCAGAAAAGAUGAGAGAAUCAGUGAAAGAAAUUUUGAAAUCGGAUCUCAUUGUCUGCACAGCGGCUGCUGUUCUGUCGUUUGCUGUCAGUGCCAGUACUGUGUUUCUAUCAUUAAGGCCAUUUCUCAGCAUUGUCUUGUUUGCUUUAGCCUGGACCGUGGGCUUUAUAACACAUUACGUGCUUCCUCAGCUCCGCAAGCAUCACCCCUGGCUGUGGAUCUCCCACCCCAUACUCAAAAGCAAAGAGCACCAGCAACGGGAAGUGAGAGAUGCUGCUCAUUUGAUGUGGUUUGAAAGGCUUUAUGUGUGGCUUCAGUGCUUUGAGAAAUACAUUUUAUAUCCAGCUAUAAUACUGAAUGCCCUCACCAUCGAUGCUUUCUCAAUUAGUAAAUACAAGAAGCUUGGUACACACUGUGAUAUUAUCCUGAUAACAGUUGCUGGGAUGAAACUCCUCCGCUCCUCAUUCUGUAAUCCUAUUAAUCAAUUUGUUACUUUGAGCUUCACUGUGAUCUUCUUCCGAUUUGACUAUAGAGACAUUUCAGAAAAUUUCUUGCUGGAUUUCUUCAUGAUGUCCAUCGUGUUUCAUAAGCUGUGGGACCUACUGCAGAAGUUGCAGUUCAUCAUGACAUACAUUGCUCCCUGGCAGAUUGCCUGGGGAUCAUCAUUCCAUGUUUUUGCUCAGCUCUUUGCAAUACCUCAUUCUGCUAUGCUUUUUUUUCAAACUCUGGCCACUUCAGUCUUUUCUACCCCACUGAGUCCAUUUCUUGGUAGCGUCAUCUUUAUCGCAUCAUACGCAAGACCGAUCAAGUUCUGGGAGAAAAACUACAACACCAAAAGAUCGGACCAUUCCAACACCAGACUGGCAAUUCAGAUCGAAAAGGAUGCAGGAAAUGAUGACAAUAAUCUCAACUCCAUUUUUUAUGAGCAUUUGACAAGAUCUCUGCAGGAGUCUCUUUGUGGAGAUCUGAUUCUGGGCCGCUGGGGAAACUACAACACAGGAGACUGUUUUAUUCUGACAUCGGAUUAUUUAAAUGCGUUUGUGCACUUGAUCGAAAUUGGAAAUGGCCUUGUCACCUUUCAGCUCAGAGGGCUCGAAUUCCGAGGGACAUAUUGCCAGCAGAGAGAAGUGGAAGCUAUAACAGAAGGAGAUGAAGACAAUGAAGGCUGCUGCUGUUGUAAGCCCGGGCACUUGCCUCACUUGUUAUCGUGUAAUGCAGCCUUUAACCUCCGAUGGCUGACAUGGGAAAUAACACGAACACAGUACAUCCUGGAAGGAUAUAGCAUCAUUGAUAACAACGCUGCAACCAUGCUGCAAGUGUUCGAUCUGCGGAGAAUACUUAUCAGAUACUAUAUAAAGAGCAUAAUAUACUUUACAGCAACUUCUCCCAAAAUCCUUGACUGGAUAAAAGACGAAUCCAUCCAAAAGAUAUUGCAGCCUUAUGCAAAGUGGCAUUAUAUUGAACGUGACCUUGCAAUGUUUAACAUUAACAUAGAUGAAGAUUAUGUUCCGUGUCUCCAAGGAAUAACAAGAGCUAGUUUCUGCAGCGUUUAUCUAGACUGGAUUCAGUUCUGUGCUAGAAAAAGGGUGGAGAAAGCCACUCACCUGGACAGCGAUGAGGAUUCUCCGCUAGUGACGCUUUCCUUUGCCUUGUGUAUACUGGGUCGAAGAGCCUUGGGAACUGCAGCCCACAAUAUGGCCAUCAGCUUGGACUCUUUUCUUUAUGGGCUCCAUGCACUGUUCAAAGGAGACUUUCGGAUAGCAGCAAAAGAUGAGUGGGUCUUUGCAGACAUGGAUCUACUGCAUAAAGUGGUUGCCCCGGCAAUCCGAAUGUCUCUGAAGCUGCACCAGGACCAGUUCACCUGCCCAGAUGAGUAUGAGGACCCAGCAGUUUUGUACGAAGCGAUCCAAUCUUUUGAAGAAAAGGUUGUGAUUUGUCACGAAGGGGACCCAGCCUGGCGCAGCGCUGUACUCUCCAACAGAGAGGAGCUGCUAACCCUGAGACACGUGGUAGAUGAAGGAGCAGAUGAAUAUAAAGUUAUCAUGCUCCACAAAAGCUACCUGAGCUUCAAGGUUAUCAAGGUCAACAAGGAGUGCGUCAGAGGACUUUGGGCUGGGCAGCAGCAGGAGCUGAUUUUCUUACGCAAUCGUAACCCGGAGAGAGGAAGCAUCCAGAACAACAAACAGGUCUUGCGGAACUUAAUUAAUUCUUCAUGUGAUCAGCCACUGGGAUAUCCAAUGUACGUUUCCCCUUUAACCACCUCGUACCUUGGGACACACAGCCAACUGAGGAACAUUUGGGGGGGACCUGUCAGUUUGGACAACAUUAAAAAGUGGUUCAGAUCCAAAUGGUUAAGAAUGCGGAAGGACUGCCACGCAGCUCAGCAUGAGAGAGGUAACGUUGACGAGGUGGAGAGUGGAGGGCGGUCUUCGUCUAGCAGCAAUUCCACAGGCAAUUCAAGCCAGAGCAGUAGCUCUCAGCCCACCAGAGAUGGAACCCCUCAGUUGCAAGCUUCAUCUCAAGAGGCCCACCAGCGUGCAGGCAGGAGAAAACCCAGGAGUCAGUCUGUCCAGGCACACACUGCUUUAAACCAAAGGCUCCCUACUUCAAGUCACUCUGGACCUAUCGUAGAAAGCCGCCAGCCGUUCAUCCAAACAUCUACAUCUGCCCACGAAAUUGCCCAAAGGCUUUCUAGUAGUCAGCUGUCAUUCCACAACUCUGCAACAUCUGUGUUUUCCCAGUCCCCUGCUGCUCCUGUUGCAGGCCAGCUGACUGUACAGGACAGAGCUGCAGCAAUGCUCAGGUCUAGUCUGGCCUCUUCCACCAGCUCAACUCUCAGCCUGCUGUUUGGCAAGAGAAGUUUUUCAAGUGCUUUGGUGAUUUCUGGGCUCUCAGCUGCAGAUGGAGGUAACACCAGUGACACCCAGUCAUCCAGCAGUAUGAAUAUCGCCAUGGGUCCAUCUGCUAGAGCAGCAAGUCAAGCAACUCGGCAACUCACAGAGACCUGCGAAGCAACCGAUGCUACAGAACCUAGACAGCGUCAAGAGGCAGGUCCGGCCCAUGCCAUAUUCAUGAGUCAGAAUCUGGAGUGCAGAAGGGCCAGCCAAGAAGAUAUGGCCCUGGAAGACACCGCUUCUCAGCAAAGCCUGUCUGAGGAGCAGUAAGGAGUAUUCCUAGUGCAAGAGCUGCACGCUUCUUAGAAUUAAAUAAAGACAGAGUUAGGUCAGGGAGCUGCACAUGUGUUUAGGUUCUUUCAAAUGUAACAAGCAACCUCCAAAUGUUUAUUUUUCUAACUUUUACACAAGAAUACUACCAGGAAGAUGUUCUUCAGCUAAAGGCCGUGGCAUAGGUAGGCUUGGAAGAUGUCCUAAAAAACACACAGUGCCACUUCAUCUCAGGUUCUUGUAAAUCCUAGAAUAAUGAAUACAACCUGUUUAACGUUCCUUCCCCUGGAACAAUUGGAAUGACGAAUGAAUACAGUGGGAAA